AUGCCGCCUCUGAGCUUUUUCGUCUGCCUCCGGGUACCUUCCGCUCCUUUCCUUUAUCGUCGGGCGCCGCGCUUUCUGCCAGUGCGGAAGCGUCUCCCGUGGAAAAUCGGAGAGAAACUUGCCUCUGCUAUUCAGCAAACUAGAGAGGAUUAUCGUCGUCUUGUCGGCUAUCCCAUGGGCAUAACCACGGCUCCGACCGCUCGUGUACGCGCCAACCAAGUUGCCACAGCCGUCGGGGUGGGGUCCUCUAGGGGCUUCUCGUCGGUGGAGUUCUUUCCUGAAGGCUACGGCGAGGAACAAGGGCUGACAAGCUUUUGCAGAGAGCCGGCAGUUCCGCAGUGUGCCCGAUCUGCAUCGACCGGCGCAGACGAUUGCAUAGAAGAGACUCUUCACUUUGUAGCUCAUGCGUUUCUAGAGAAUUCACCAUCGGCAAAAAUAAGCACAACCGUUCCGGAGAAACACGAACAAACCUCCCACCCUAGUGGAAGCAGCAAAGUGCCCCAUGCACGUGGCACUUGCUCUGUACGUGUCCACGCUUUUCUCUUUGCAAUGGAUAAGCCGGUCCUCUCAGGUCCACAGAACGACAAACGCAAAAAAACAUACCGUGAGGAAGAUGAUAAUGGAAAUCCAGCGAAGCCGACGGGCAUGCCAUCGCAACCUGUAACCCAGGACAUGACGGGAAGAGAAAUCUUCCGCGACACGGUGUCGACAGCUCAGAACAGAAUGGCAGAAGUGGACAGUCGACAGGGAAUCCAACAGCGAAACGGCGAGAGCUGGAAAAGUUUGUACACGGAACGUCAUAUCCAGACGGAAGAAGGAAAGGAACCAAAUGGAAGGCGGCAAUUACACGAAAGCGAGAAAAGGCUUCUCUUCACCCUGGCUGCAGCUGUCAUGACCAUCCACGAGGUCAUGGUCCUUGGUAAAUUUCUUACCAUGGCUUCAUGCUGCUUUGAGUCUACAUUCAUUUUCAGCAUAGGAGGACUUUGGAAGCCACGGCUGCAGUCAUCGGUAUUCCUCCAGCGCUGUGUUUCGUCUAUCCCGGAGCAGCCUCCUCGUCGCCGCUCUCUGCAGUUUCGCCGGUUUCUGCAGUUCUCUCCAAAAUGCCGUGGGCAGAUUUUACUGGUGGGGAGGAUGCCAGACCUCCAGCGUGGAAGAGCGUCUUCUGAUGUAUCCAUAGAGGAAACGGAUCGAAAUUCGGACCAACCGCGAUCAGAUGCGUCCGUUGUUGGCACUGAGGAAGAUUUGACUCGGAACUGGGAGCAAACACCUGGUGUGUUGUACGCUGGAAACGGAGGUCGUCUACUCUCUGAUCAGCAAGCAUCUGCAGUAACAGCUCGUGUCUGGGUGUUGGAGGUGCCUUCGUCUCCGAGAAGAUUACUUGCAACUUCGACGUCUGACUUCGACGGACGAGAAGUGGAACAAAACAAGCGACACAACGAGCCUGAAGGAGACACGUUGUUAACAAAUAAGGAGUCCUUUGAGACAAAUCGACUGGAAAACAAUAGAUCCCCAAAAGCUUCUGCAUGGAAAACAACGAGAGGGUCUGCCUACAAAUUACGCAUCUGCCUUGCAGAAGAUGACAAUAAAAAGGCUGCCGAGAAGACUGACACGCCAUCCUCUGAUGCGGCCGCCUCGCAGGCCGAAACGCCCGAUAGUGAAGAACUUUUUCAGAGCGAGAGCGCGAUACGCGUGACAGGCAAGCUGACCGAAAACGGCCCUGGAAAAAAGGGCUGCUGUCGAUGCGGAGGGACGACUGCUAUACGACGUUGA